AUGCUUCCGGUAUUGCCAACCUCACGCAGUAUAGUACAACAACAACAGCAGCAGCAAAAUCAUCAUUUAGUGGAUAAUAGCCGGGCACAUAGUCAAAGUCCAACUCCCAGAAGUCCAACUAAUAAACGUAACGCCAGUAUGAUAUUCCGCAUUGAACAUUUAUUGCCUCAGGCAGCAGCGGCAACAACAACAGCAACAGUUCCAGUUCCAGGAUCGUCAUCACCAUCGGCGCCAACAUCACCGCAUUCGGAAAAUAAUGGCACCUCCUCAGCAGCCUGCAGCUCUCCGAAAAAAUCCAAAAUUAUUCGAGCUGGAGUCCAUGUCACCCAAUUGAUACCCAAGGAUACAACAUCGAUUCUAAUUGACAGUCAUGCACUUUUGGCUGCCGGCACCACUGAAGUGGCCACCGAGCCACUGGCACGUGCCUAUUGUUCGCUAUCACCCAAGGGAGACACGCUCAUCUUGAAUGCAUCGAUAAUGCGUAAAAUCAAGCUCUCCGAGGAUAUUCACAGCUAUAAUGCCCUCUUUGAAUUACAACAUGGUCAGGUGCAGUUGCGAGUGGUACGCGAUAUCCAACGUGAUGAGGAGAUUGUUGCCUGGUUUGGCGAAGAGCUAACCCUGCUCAUGGCCAUACCAUUCCUGACACCCUUGAAUAUUCAGGGUAACAAUCGGUAUAUGUGUCAUUGGUGCCAUUUGACCUUUGAAACGCCAAAUCCUUUGAAAAUCCAUUUGGCAUUGGGGUGUGGCCGUCAUAACAUUGAUGUCUUAUGGAUACGGCUGCACUAUGCCCUUAGGGCCAAGCAAUAUAGCCAACAAUUAUUUACAUUGCCAUUGGUUAGCUCCUCUGCACGGAGCUCUCCAAUAAUGGUCACCACUACCACCACUGCCAGCGGAAAUCCAAUUACUCUUCAAACCACAAGUUCCAGUACGAUGCGUAAUGUAUCACCCACCUAUUCUCCACCUGCAACGCAAACAUCAUCACCACCCUCACCACCACCAGCACCAAGAUUUUCCGCCUUCAAACCAAUAUCCUUGGCAGCACACACCCACCAUCAACACCCAGUCACCUCACUUCCUGUUUCCCUAACCUCAGCGCCACAUCUGCACACCUCCACAGCGGCGCACAGUAUGUCCUUUUUACCCAGCCUAUCAUCGGCCAGUUUUCCACCACACAUGAGUCUCCUACAUCCAUCGUCGAGCACAAAUCCCCUCAAUGCCGCCGCUCAAAUUGAGGCAAUUGUCAGUAAUAUGGGUGCCUCGAAACAGGGCCACCUUUGCAUCUAUUGUGGUAAAAUGUAUUCCCGCAAAUAUGGUCUAAAAAUUCACAUUAGGACCCAUACUGGAUUCAAGCCCCUAAAAUGUAAAUAUUGUCUGAGGCCAUUUGGAGAUCCCAGUAAUUUAAAUAAACACAUACGACUACAUUUACAAUCAUCCGGCUCGGGUCACGGCAAUGGGGCGGAGGUAUAUCAAUGUACCCUGUGCCAUAAGUCCUUUGGUCGGCGUCGUGAUCUACAGAAACAUGUUGAAAAUCGUCAUGGCGAGGCAGCAUCUGGGGAUAAUAAAAUGGAAAGUUCACACUCCGAUUAA